AUGACUAAGCAGCUGCACAGGCAGUCUGUGCAUAGGGACUACAUACAGCCGUGCAGCCAUGGGUCUCCAGGGUUAAUGAUCAGUUUUCCAGCUGAGGGUGACUUGGCAUUGCAAUCAGGAGAUGUUGCCAGCAGAUAUUGCCUGCUAAACUUGUUGGGCAGCCUUGAGAGAAGUGCUAAUAGCAUAUUGCUAGAUGCAGGUUUACCAGUCUUCUGUAGGAAACCUCAUGUUGAUGGCAUUCACAUUGAACCGCAACAUGCUGCUAUCAGCAGCAAUUGGUUAGAGACUGACAAGAGUGUGGGAGAUUUUUGUAAUACGGUAGUCACAGGAACGUGCUCCAGAGCUCAGCUGUUGUACUCUUCAUUUAACCUCUUCAGGCAAGAAGGUAAAAAUUCUAUCAGAUGCUUCAUGAUGAACUCCGUUUCUAGACCAGUUACUGAGUUUUGCCUUGAUCUCUACAAUAAGCUCAACAGAAAUGCAGAAGACACAAAUAUCGUCUUCUCUCCAAUAAGCAUCUCUGUUGCCCUGGCCCUGAUCCAUCUAGGUGCAAGAAACAACACUGCUGCUCAGAUAGAAAAAGUGCUCCAUGUCAGGAAUUCUGCAGGAGGAAUGAGCCUUGAAUAUGAUCAAGAGAAUGCAGCCCCAGAAAUGGAGCCAAAAGAAAGCUGGGAGAGACAGCCUUCCUUCUCACAGUGUAACAAGGAUGGAGACCUUAACCAUAAAGUGUUCCAGACAUUGCUUUUGCAACUACAAAACCUUGGCGAAAGAUAUGUUUUAACCCUGGCCAACAAUCUCUUUAUACAACAAGGAUUUGAAAUCCAGCAGCAAUUUCUAAUGUGUACCAAGGAACUGUAUGGAGCAAUGCUGCAAACAGUGGACUUUCAUGGUGCUGUUGAAGCUGCCAGAAGAAAAAUUAAUGCUUGGGUUGAGAGUGAGACACAAGGUAAAAUCAAGGAACUCUUUGCUCCUGGUGUGAUUGAUGGACAUGCAUUGCUAGUGCUGGUGAAUGUCAUCUACUUCAAAGCAUCCUGGGAACACAAGUUUGAGGAACAAAAAACAGUACAGAGAGAUUUUAAACUGAAUCAGAACAGAAAAAAACCUGUGCAGAUGAUGUAUCAGAAAGGCACAUUUAAACUAGGUUACAUUGAGGAGGUGGGUGCUCAGAUCCUUGAACUCCCUUAUGCUCAGAAGUCACUGAGCAUGAUCAUCCUGCUGCCGGGUGAUGUGGCUGAUGGAUCUAUCAGUGGGCUGGAGCAGAUUGAAAGCACAAUGACCUAUGAAAAUUUAAUGCUGUGGACCUCUGUAGAGAACAUGUUUGAGACAAUAGUGGAGGUCUACCUCCCCCGAUUCAAGCUUGAAGACACAUUUAACCUCAAUGAGGUGUUACAAGAGAUGGGGAUGACUGAUAUCUUCACUGAAUCAAAAGUUGACCUCUCUGCAAUGUCGUUUGCAAAAUCUCUGGUGCUGUCAAACGUUGUCCAUAAGAUGUAUGUGGAAGUCAAUGAGGAAGGCACCGUAGCAGCAGCUGGUACAGGAGCUAGCAUUGUGAGGAGGUCUAUGCCUCUCACAGAGGUGUUUAUGGCUGAUCGCCCUUUCUUAUUCUUCAUUCGACACAAUCCUACCAAUACUAUUGUUUUCUUUGGCAAACUCCGUUCACCUUAAAAUCAGGGCUAUUUUAUAACAUUG